CUGUGUCACAACUAAGGCACUGAACUGUAAACAUCAACUUGGGUCAUUCCUGUUAAUCAUUUUGAAUAACAGAAAGCGAUAAGUAUUGCUGCUGCGAAUUCUCAUAUAUGGUCCCAUAUUUUACACAGUCUUCUUUCCUUUGUGUCUACUGGGGAGUUGUUUUGUGAAAGUCAGACAGUAUGACAUUCCUUUUACCUGAUUCCAGCAAGCCUAUUAAGACUGAGAGGAAAGAUUUCAAUGGGAACAGGCUUGUUUAUGUUAAGAACCCUCAUUUGGAUUUAAUGGAUGAAGAUAUCCUUUAUCACUUAGACUUGGGAACCAAAACACACAAUCUGCCGGCCAUGUUUGGCGACAUAAAGUUUGUCUGCGUGGGUGGGAGCCCCAACAGAAUGAAAGCUUUUGCUCAGUUCAUGCAUAAAGAACUUGGACUCGAAGGAGAUGGCAAAGACAUGAAAGAUGUUUGUGCCGGGACAGACCGCUACUGCAUGUAUAAGGUUGGCCCCGUGCUCUCCGUCAGCCAUGGGAUGGGUGUCCCCUCCAUUUCUAUCAUGCUUCAUGAACUAAUCAAAUUGCUACACCAUGCAAAAUGCCAUGAUGUUACCAUUAUACGCAUCGGUACUUCAGGGGGAUUAGGAAUUGAACCCGGCUCAGUUGUAAUAACAGAUACAGCAGUGGAUUCAUUUUUUAAGCCUCAGUUUGAGCAGGUGAUCCUGGACAACGUGGUAAUCCGAAGCACUGAACUUGAUCAAGGCCUUGCUGAUGAAUUACUAGAAUGUAGUAGAGAGAUUAAGGAUUUUCCAACACUUCUUGGCCAUACAAUGUGCACCUAUGAUUUUUAUGAGGGUCAGGGACGACUAGAUGGAGCAUUGUGCUCUUUCUCCAAUGAAAAAAAGCUAGAGUACUUAAAAAGAGCUUACAAUGCUGGAGUUAGAAAUAUAGAAAUGGAAUCUACAGUAUUUGCUGCCAUGUGCAGGCUCUGUGGCCUUAAAGCUGCAGUCGUCUGUGUGACUCUCCUUAAUCGACUUGAAGGUGACCAAAUCAGAGCACCCCAUGAAGUUCUAGAUGAAUAUCAGCGACGACCUCAACAACUGAUUUCAAUGUUUAUCAAAAAACGCCUUGGGUUAUGAAAUCCAAAGGUAUUAUUAGAUGACACAGUAGUCUAGAACAGUUGCAGUGACCCCCUUCUCUCUCCUUCCGUGUGUGUGUGUGUGUGUGUGUAAAUGCUCUUUGAGUAGGUCCCAGUCUAUAGGAAUUAGAGUAACAUGAUACAUAAAUUAAGCAAUCUUUUGUCUGAAGCAAUAGAAAAGAGAAUGACAUUGUUUCGCUGCAAUUCUUAAUUCAGUGGUAGUAUACAACAUCUUAAUACGGUAGGCACCUCCUUACCUACAACAACAUACUGGUUGUUAGCCACAUAAAAUUAAUGGAAGAAAAGUGGAAGGCACUAACCACAGGGAAGGGGAGGAGGCAACCUACAGGUGCACCAGAAAAAAAGUUAUUUAUUUAAAAGCCCAACAUGUUUCAAACACUAUUUUAGAAAACCAGUUGCAACUGUAUUGCGAUACCAAUUUGAAAAUUGUUGUUCAAGAGUGCCCCAGAGGAAUGACAAGUGUUUGAAAUGUAUUGGGCUUUAUAUAAAUAUUUGUUUUGUUUCCUCCAUUCUUUUCCCAACAUAAAAUAAUUGCCUAAUGUUUCUGCAUCACAUGUCACUGCUUUGAGGUCUGCAUGUGAACUAUUCAGUUCAUCAAAGGGUGUGGCAAAACUCUUAAGGACUUUAGUUAGCUUAGGAUGUCACCAGCAAAACUUAUAUAAAUUGAAUACCUGUUUGGCUGGGGGAUCCUAAAUUCAAUUAGCCAUUGGCUCUUCUGAAAUCCUUCUCAUAUGCACCUCCAGGAAAACCACUAAAACUUAACCACCCUAACUCAAUGGGCCAAUUCACAUGAACAGCAGCUAGCAAUGUGAUGUAAAUAAGCCACCGUGGCUAGUGGCAUGUACUGGCCGCCAUUGUGAAUAUUCAAGUUGUGACGGGCAUGUGUUGGAGCUUAUCAUGUCAUCUGAAUCCAAGCGGAGUGGCUUGUUAUCAUGAUUAGCAAGCAAGCCCAGAAACCAAGAACAGCCGAUCUGCUAAUGCUAAUCUGCUCUUCCCUUUGACAUAAUGAGGUAACUGAUGUGAAUGGAGAUUUGCACUCUUAUCCAAAAGCUACUUGCUUCACUCAGUAAAGUGCUACUGAAGCAAGAUUGGGCCUAAUACCCUAAAUUCCAGACACUGAGUCCAAGAAUAUUCCUCUUGAACUAAAAUUAUAAGCAGCUUUAUCUUUUGUGAUAAACAUCUACACUCAAUUCCAUAGAAGUUGUGAAUGGUCUGGUAUUUCAUAAUAGGUACACAAUCUCUGUGGCAGAUACAGAAUCCUACCUGGGUCUGCUGGUGUUCCAGAUUUACUUACUUCAUUUCCAAGCAAUUUAUUUGACUAGAAAGUGUCACCUUACAUGUGCAAGCAAAUUAUUCAGAGCCCCUUUAUGGUGAACUUCCACAUGGAUUUCCCCACCCUAUCCCAAAGCAAGGCCCAUGUUAUCUCCACAUAGAUGAAAUCAACCACAGUGGAAGCAACAUAGUGUUGGCCUGAAGCCCGCUUGUGUCAUAUUCUAUAAACAAAUGGCAAGACUUCAGUCCAAGGGUCAUCAAGUAGUUCCCUUUCUUUCCACAAAUAUCUGAACUGAACACUAUCCCCAAUGUGCCAUGUAUUUAAGCAAUUAUACAUGGCACCAGGUUUGUUAUAUAUUAGUCCAUAUGGGUGUCAGUGGCCGCCAUUGGAAAGUAUCCUUGCAGCACAAUCUUAUACAUGUCUACUCGAAAAUAAGUCAUAUUGAAUCCAAUGGGGAUUACUCCCAGGUAAGUGGGUGUAGGAUUGCAGCUUUAGCUGUCAUUAGGGCUGUUUUAUAAUAGUCAUCCAAACUAGCUCUUGUGCCUCGGGGAUUACUUCACAGUUGACUCAAAAGUAAAGCUGCCAUUCCUGUGUAUUAUUGUUUGUUCAGCACACCUGUGAAGAGAGACUAGAAUAUUACUUUAGAACACAGUAGGGUUACAUUUCAUUUUAGACAUCUGUCAGGAAUUGAUCAAACAGCUUCAAAAUAUUUAGACAGAAGAUGUCAAUGUAUGGCAACUCCAUAGCAGCGCAGAAAAUGUUCCUAGUUGAUUAUGCUAUGAUCCUAGCUGAAUAUGGAAUACCUUGAAGUUGGUUUCAUACCAAAGCGUUUCAGUAAAUACCAGAUGAUGAGCUCCACGAUGACAGACAAACCAAAAGAAAGGAGAAAAAAGAGCUAUUACUGAUUCAGAAAAGUGAUCAGAAAUAACUACUGACAAGUACUGUAUGCUUGCUAAUCAGACAUGGGAAUUGUAACCUUUUCUGAAUAUAGUGCUUAGAGUAUAAUUUUGUCCAUAAUAUAGUUACUUUUAAGAAAAAUCUUGUAUGUAACUGAAUUUGAGAAUUGUGCUGUGUUGUAAUAAGUUUACAUUAUUUAUAUUGUGCUAGAGUGAUAAUUUAUCUGAUAAUAUUUAUGAAAUCUUUUAUAUGAUAUGAUUAAAGACUUGGGGUGGGAUGAAAAUCAUGAUAUAGCACUUGCAAUACACAUGCUUACCAUACUGUG